AUGGAAGAAGGCAACGGGAAACCACCUCCAUUACCCCCAUCCCAAGAGAAUCACAUGACUGCGUUCAACUCGAAAUAUUCCGGAGGUUUAAAUAAUUCCCCAAUCGGAUCUCCGGGGGGAACAGAUUUGAGCGAGGUCAAGUCGGCAGAUAUACGUAAGAAGAUCAAUAUAGGCACAUGGAACGUGCGAAGUCUAUUCGAAGCAGGAAAAUUAGCCAAUCUAAUCCAGGAAAUGAAGAGACUGGACAUCGACAUAAUGGGAGUAGCGGAGACUUGGUGGCCAGAUGCAGGAGUGUGUAGUACCGGAGGAGGCGCGUUUUAUUAUUCGGGCAAUCAAGACAAGAAUCAUUGGAAAGGAGUUGGAAUUAUUGUGUCAGGUCGUUUUAAGAAUUGCAUCAUCGACUUCAUACCAUACUCAGAUAGAAUAGCGCUGAUAAAGAUUAAUGCCAGGCCAACCAAUUUAAACAUUAUCCAGAUAUAUGCGCCAACUGCUGAUGCACCGGAUGAGGAGAUGGAAAUAUUCUACGAGCAAAUAAAGGAAAUGUUGAAGCUCACCAAGAAACAUGAUAUGAAUAUAAUUAUGGGCGAUUUCAACUCUAGGAUAGGAAAAGAGAGAUAUGAGGAUCUGAUGGGACCAUUCGGAUUGGGAAUAAGAAAUGAGAGGGGCGAACGCCUGGUGCAAUUCUGCCAAGAAGAAGAUAUGAGAGUUACUAACACAUGGUAUCAAUUACCACCCAGGAGAUUAUAUACGUGGAGAUCUCCUAGAGACAGUCCGGAGAACAUAAGUCGCAACCAGAUAGAUUUCAUACUUAUCAAUAAACGUUUUGGAUCCUCAAUUAACAGAGUAAGCACUUAUCCUGGAGCGGACGUGUCCUCUGACCACAUACUACUACGGGCAACUAUCAAAAUCAAACUAACAAAGUAUGUAAAACCAGUCUCAAAGCGAGGAAUUGCCUACGAAAGGCUCAAACAAGGAGACAUAAAAACUGCAAUGCGCCAUGAGAUAAAUAACAACAUAGAGGAGAUGUUAAGCUCGAGAGGAAAUGAGCAAAAUUCAACCAAAAUAUGGAAAGAGUUAAAAAAUGACAUGAUAAACACCGCAAAAAGCCAUUUGGGAUAUCGAGAGAAGAACCGAAGACAGAACUGGAUGACGGACGAGAUCCUCUCGCUCAUGGACGAACGACGGACAUAUAAGAAUCAAGCAGAUCCACACAAAUAUAAUGAAAUGCAGAGGGAAAUAAGAGCCAAGAUUAGGACAGCAAAGAACAUGUGGUUAAAGCAAGAAUGCAAGGAAAUGGAAAAGUUACAAACCCUGCACGAUGAUUUCAAUCUACAUAAAAGACUAAAGGAAAUAGCCGGAAUAUACCGUAAAAGGACUUUUUCUGCAAUAGUCGAUGAAAAUAACAACUUAGCCAACGAUAUACAAGAGAAAAAGAUAAUAUGGGAGAAAUAUGUAGGAAGCCUCUUUGCAGACGAGAGACCAGACAGACAAAUGGAAGCAGACAGUGACAACCUCACGGGUCCAUCGAUCAUAAUGGAAGAAAUUAAAAAAGCAAUAAACACCGCAAAAACUAACAAAGCAGCAGGCCCAGACGAAGUGCCAUCGGAACUACUAAAGUUACUGAAUGAGAAGGGAUUAGCACUUCUCCUGAAAAUUUUUAACAAAAUAUAG